AUGGCCAACACGAAAGCUUAUGCGAUCAUCGCCGGCGUCGGCCCCGGCACAGGCGCCGCGAUCGCCAAGAAAUUCGCCAAAGCAUAUUCCGUCGUGCUUCUGGCGCGCAGCACAAGCAGCUAUGCCAGCCUGGCAAAGGAAAUCAACGAGGGCGGUGGCAAUGCGAUCGGCGUGUCGACGGACGUUAGCUCCGCAGAGAGUAUUAAGAAUGUGUUGAAGGAAAUUGAUGAAAAGUUCGGCAAGGAGGCGACUUGUGCGGCAGCGAUAUUCAAUGCGGCGGGGAAGCUUGUCAUCAAGCCGUUCCUGGAGCAGACGGAGGAGUCGUUCCUCGCGCCGUUUGAUGUGAAUUGCAAUCUCCCACGCCUACUGGCCACCGCAUCACAAUCUCCCAAACCAACAUACCCACCAACACUGAUCUUUACCGGUGCCACCGCAUCGCUCAAAUCAUCCGCGAACUUCUCGUCCUUCGCCGUCAGUAAAUUCGCGACACGGGCGUUGGCGCACUCUCUGACGCGCGAGUUCGGCCCUAAGGGGGUGCACGUCGCACAUGCAAUCAUUGAUGGCAUUAUCGAUACACCUGGCACGGCGGGCUUCAUGGCCGAUGCGGGUCCGGAUGCCAAGAUUGAUCCAGAGACGGUGAGUUGCCCAACUGCAUGA